CGUUGCGGCCCCGCGUUUCCCUUUUGACCAAACACACCUAUCAGCCACCCGUGGAAACACGCAACGUCGAGAUACCCCCUUCCACACAUCCGCAAACAUGGACGACUCCGAACUCGAGCAGAUCCGCAAGGCCCGCCUCGAGCAGCUCAAGGCGCAGGGCGGGGCGGGAGGAAGCUCCGGCGGCGGCUCGAGCCAGAAACAGCAGCAGCAAGAGCAGAGACAACAACAGGAACAGGAAGCCCGCCAGCAGAUGCUCAACCAGAUCCUUCACCCCGAGGCGGCGGACCGCCUGGGCCGCAUCCGGCUCGUCAAGGAGCAGCGCGCGCAGGACGUCGAGAACCGGCUUAUCAUGCUCGCGCAGAGCGGCCAGCUGCGCAGCAAGGUCACCGAGGCCCAGCUCAAGGAGUUGCUCGCCGCCGUCGCCGACAACAAGGAGGAGGAGAAGAUCGUCGUCAGCCGGCGCAAGGGGUGGGACGACGACGACGACGACCUGCUAGACCUGUGAAGGGGCGGCUGACGUCGUGGCUGGGUCGAGUCGAGUCGAAUCGAGUUGAGUCGAGAUUGAUCGUUGUGUCAAGGGCGGACGAACGGUGGGGGGGAUGGGGUUGUCACAAGCAUACGUAUUUACUCCCUACAUUCAUCUGGGCGGGCUCCUUUUGCGGAACACACGCAACCGAGAGACGCGCAUGAUGGGGAGAUAAUGUGUCGGCGUUGGAGGGCGUUCUCAGCAUGCUGCUGUAAGAUCAGCAGAUUGACUUUUCGUCCGACUGGGAUUUUCCAUAGGACAGACACUAGGUACAAACAAAAGUAGAAGGAAUGUUACCUACACCUACUAACAUAAACAUACACUACAAUGUACACUUGGCGCAUCUGGCCUUUGUUGGUCUACCACUC